UAUUUUUAUAAUAAACUUGUCGGGUUACGUGGCAUGGCAUCAUCGUGUGGGCGCGGCUUAUUUUGUCAACAUCCUGUUAAAUUCUCCAGCCCAUCCAAAAUGGCGACCGUGGACCAGACGGAAGGGCAGGAAGAGCCGGGGAGUGACAAAGAGGUGUACGAGGUGGUGGAUCUGACAGAAUACGCUCGGCGGCAUCAGUGGUGGAGCAGGAUAUUUGGGAACAAUUCUGGGCCUAUAGCUGAGAAAUACUCUGUCGCAACCCAGCUCAUGAUGGGAGGACUCACUGGAUGGUGUGCUGGUUAUAUCUUCCAGAGAGUGGGUAAAGUGGCCACCACUGCUGUCGGUGGAGGGUUCCUCCUUUUACAGAUUGCCAAUCACAGUGGCUAUGUGCAGGUGGACUGGAAAAAAGUGGAGAAUGAUGUAAACAAAGCAAAGAAACACCUGAAGAAAGCGAACAAAGCAGCCCCUGAACUCAACACAUUCAUUGAGGAGGUAAUGGCCACAGAUUUUAUCAAGAGAAACAUCGUCUUGUCCAGUGGUUUCGUUGGAGGAUUUUUCCUGGGUUUGGCCUCCUAAAAGACACCGACUGCACUCUAUCAGUCACUGAAUAGAUCAUUUUUGUCUCCAUCAUUUACAUCUCCUUCCCCUUUCUUAUUUAAUGACGGACAUCAUUGUGAGCGUUGAAUCGUGAUAGUUUGAGUUACAGUAUACAUUUACAUUUAUGGUUGUAAAUUACCCAAAUUAACACUCAUGCUGGAUUAUACUUCUCAUUGUGGACUUAAUCCCAAAUAUAGGUCCACCGCCGUUUUAUGUAAAAAUGUGUCUAGCCUCAUAUGCAUGAAAACACGGCCCCAGAGGCCACAGCAGCCCCACCAGCGAAUGGUAUCUGAUCGUUGCACAUUUUUGCACCAUCUUAACCUUUCAUUUCUUUGUGCUCUUUCUUGAUUUGGGUUAUCAUGUUGCCAUGCACAUUCGAUACAUACUCGCCUCACGACUGUGAAACUAGCAGCGGGACCGACAGACCAAAUUACAUGCAUAAAUACCAUAUCUUGAUUAGCUCACUGUACUGUCCAUACUGAAGUCAGACCAUGGGGUCGCCCCCACUAAGAGAAGUCGGAACAGGUUUCAUAGGGUACUUUAACAAAGAUUUGGUCCAUUUACUGUCUCUGUUGUGAAUACAUUAAUGAAUCGCUCCCUGUAACUGUGGGCCGUUCCCCUGAUGAAAACAAAGGAGAGAAAAUAAUGAAUCAAUAGCACUGCAUCGGCCCCGAAGGGCUGCCGUUGCGCCUGGCAUUUAUCUUGCCCACUGCUGGCCAGUCCAGCCCAGCUCAUGUGCCCAACACAAGAAGUCGUGACUUUUGGAUGACUUUUGGAUUGUCUCGAGUUGCCACUGUGAAUCACUCACACAACUUGCUUGGCAUCAUUUUUAUGCCACUCUUCCUGUCAUAACCAGAACCCACUCAUUUAUUCCCUCCCCCGCCCACCCUUUUUGUUUUUUUUAUUCAGCAGUGGCUCAGCAUUGUUUGGGAUACUGGCCAUGAAUUGAAACCACUCUUUCACAAAUCUACUGCAUGCAAGUAUUAUUUUUUUAAUCUUAAUCGCCUUGCAAAUUCAUGGAAGAAUGAGAAUCUGUCAUCAAGAGUAAGAGCGUAGUGACUGACUGCCGUGCAUUUACUGUAGUAGAAUUUAAACUUGACAUUCAUACAUGACAAACUGAAAUAGGACAUCCAUUUUUGCUCUUUGCCUUAAUUUGUUUUUGUACAGUAUGCAUCUGGAUAUGGGUCGAUGUGAAUAUGUGAACUGCCUGUUUUUAUUGUUGACAUCGAAACCGUAAUAUUUUGUUUGGCUCCUUAUUUCGUCUUAAUAAUGGACUUUGACAUCUGUAUUAAAGACUAUUCAAUGCUGA